CUCUGAAGUUGAGAGGUUUGUCGGACAUUCUAGCGGCCUCUACGACGUUCUGGUGCUUUCUGGGGCAGCGGGGAUGAUAUAGACGGUGCCGUGAUGGUGGAUGCUGAAAAGACGCGCGAUCACCGACAGUGACACGCGCCUCCUUGACCUCGACCACAAUGACCGACACCUUGCCGCCGACUCUGCAGAAUGUGCUGGACCAGAAGUCGUUGAAGUGGAUAUUCUGUGGAGGAAAGGGUGGUGUAGGGAAGACUACUACUUCGUGCUCGCUCGCAAUUCAACUAGCCUCAGUCCGAGAGAACGUUCUACUCAUCUCCACCGAUCCCGCGCACAAUCUCUCGGAUGCGUUCGGCCAGAAGUUUGGGAAGGACUCGACCAAGGUCAACGGGUUUGAUAACCUGUACGCCAUGGAGAUCGACCCGAACAGCUCAAUCCAGGAGAUGGUGGAGAACUCGGAUAACAACGGCAUGAUGGGCAGCAUGAUGCAAGACCUGGCGUACAGCAUACCGGGUGUGGACGAGGCGAUGGGCUUUGCGGAGGUCAUGAAGCAUGUCAAGUCCAUGGAAUUCUCGGUAAUUGUGUUCGAUACUGCACCAACUGGCCACACACUGCGCUUCCUCUCCUUCCCAAGUGUGCUCGAGAACGCACUCGGAAAGCUCAGCUCCCUCGGCUCCCGAUUUGGGCCCAUGAUCAACCAGUUCUCCAGCAUGAUGGGUGGCGAGGCUGCGUCUCCUGAGGACAUGUUCGCGAAGCUCGAUGAGAUGAGGGCAACGAUCACGGAGGUCAACACACAAUUCAAGGACCCGGAAAAGACGACUUUCAUCUGUGUCUGCAUCUCCGAGUUCCUCUCCCUAUACGAGACAGAGCGCUUGGUGCAAGAACUCACCACGUACGGCAUUGAUACGCAUAACAUUGUCGUCAACCAGCUUCUCUUCCCGAAGAAAUCCUCGAACUGCGAACACUGUCGGGUCAGGCACAAGAUGCAGCAGAAAUAUCUCGCAGAAGCGCACGAACUUUACGACGAGUUCUUCCAUAUCAUCAAGCUGCCAUUGUUGACAGAGGAAGUCCGAGGACCGGAGAAGUUGAAGGAGUUCAGCAAGCUCCUGGUUGAGCCAUACGAACCCAAGGACGAUUAGACAGGACAACCGCCCACUUACAUUCUCAAGUGCACGCGUACAAUGAGAAUGCGCCAUAUGUAGCUCUAUAUAUUGAGGUAGGAUUGCGGGUUGAUGAGGACGACUUGGGGUUGUAAGCCGAUAUUUCCAUAGCGGGCUCCAGCUUUAUUGUGUACGAUUUGGGAAUCUUUGGCCGUCUUUGGACGCAACAAAGGGUGCCCAAACGGGGAUGCCGGC